AUAUUCGGAGCGGUGACCCGGCGGUCUUCCUGGCUGGCUUACUCAUGCCACAUCGGGCUCAAAUAGUCCCUUUCACUCGACGCGCAGGCCGAGAUAACAUCCAGAUCAACGAAAAUCUUGAAGCUCCCAAAGCAAGGUCAUGGGAUCAAUAGUCGUCGUCGCAGGAAUCGGGAACGGUUCGGGGACUGGUGCUGCAGCAGCGCGAUUGUUCGCAAGCGAAGGUUAUACUGUGGCCCUCAUUUCCCGUGGGGCGGAUUCCCUCAAUGCGCUUGUGCAGUCAAUCAAGAGUUCUGGGGGACAGGCCAGUGCAUUCCCAGUCUCCGAGUACAGCGAUCAUGAGAUCUCCUCGGCCUUCUCUGCCAUCGAGAAACAGUUUUCGACUCCUGAUUACAGUAUCCGCGCUGCCAUCUUCAACGCUGCCCAUGGUGUUUGGAAGCCUUUCCUGAAUGUCACGCUGGAGGACAUCCGUGCAUCCAACCAAAUCAACGUCGAAUCUUCGUUUGCGUUUUCGCGCUCCGCUAUCCUCGCUUUCCAGAAGAACACUCCUGAAGCAUCGAAUGGCGCCAAAGGAACCUUGAUCUUCACGGGAGCUACUGCAAGUCUGCGAGGGAAUGUCGUGACAAGUGUUUUCUCAGCAGGCAAAUUUGCUUUGCGGGCCUUGUCCCAAAGUUUGGCAAAGGAAUUCGGGAAGCAGAACAUCCAUGUCGCACAUGCUAUCAUCGACGGCGGCAUUGCCACCAACAACUCGCGCGAAGAUAGGCACACUCCUCCGAGUGGGCCGGUCGAGAAUCCAGACCCAUCAUCCAAGCUGAGUCCAGAGAGCAUCGCGAAGUCGUACAUCUAUCUUGUCCGCCAGGAUCAAUCUUCGUGGACAUGGGAGCUUGAUCUCCGUCCUGCUCACGAGAAGUGGUAAUCGAUCCGGGCUAGGCAGUUUUAUCUCCAGUCAGACGUUGAAUGACCUUCGAUAAUCGAUUUGAAAUUCUGAUGCACAUGCUACCGACCGAAGAAUCUUAAUCAACUUUUGAGCGUGGGCUGACGACGGACAUAGCAUAAAACGCGGCGUCUG